AUGUUACAGGCAUGGAAGUUGUUCAAGCACUACGACACCAACGACGAUGAUCUUCUUUCUCCGUAUGAGUUCCAGCUGCUACUGCGCACAGUGCUCCGGGAGCGCUAUCCACGAGCGAAGGAUGUGCCACGUGAGCUGUUCAAGGAAGCCAUCGAAAUUCAGCAGACACAGAUCUCAGUGACCUUCGAAGACUUCCUUACAUGGAUCACGCGAAAUGCUUUCCAGGAAUGUUUGCUGCUCACCGAUGAGCAACGAUUCAUUCGACUGGUGGCGCGACGGUUCUACGUCUCUGUGCCUGACGUGGAGAAGGUGAAGCGGCGCUUCGAUAGCUUCUGCCAGGCCAACCCGGGCCUCCUCGAAUACCAAGAGUUUUGCCAGCUAAUCGCACUGCUGCUCAACCUGCGCGACACGACGGCUCUGCCAGAGAGCCGGGUGAAGUCGUUCUGGCGCGAGCUCGACGACACCGGCAAAGGUUCCGUGGACUUCACGGAAUUCAUUCCGUGGUACUUGGGUUACUUCGGCGGGGACGAUGGGUCGUCCCUGGUCAACUUCUACCGGCGUAUUCGCCCCACAGUGUUUGAGGAUGACUGA